CAAUAAGAGGCAGUGCCGGGCGGUGGGGACCGGGCUGUGGCCGCACUCGAGCCAGCUCCAGCCCACAGCCGAGAGAGCCGUUGUCUCCAUCCUCACCUCCACCAUGGAUGUCUUCAAGAAGGGUUUCUCCAUCGCCAAGGAGGGCGUGGUGGGCGCUGUGGAAAAGACCAAGCAGGGGGUGACGGAGGCAGCUGAGAAGACGAAGGAGGGGGUCAUGUAUGUGGGAGCCAAGACCAAGGAGAACGUGGUGCAGAGCGUGACCUCAGUGGCCGAGAAGACUAAAGAACAGGCCAAUGCCGUGAGUGAGGCUGUGGUCACCAGCGUCAACACUGUGGCCAACAAGACCGUGGAGGAAGCGGAGAACAUUGUGGUCACUGCUGGAGUGGUGCGCAAGGAGGACUUGGAUCAACCUGUCCCUGCCCAGGAGGACCAGGCAGCUGCAGAGGAAGGAGCAGCUGAGGAGGCCAAGAGUGAGGGAAACUAGACAGCUGCUGUGGGCCCCGCAGGCCCGAGGAUGUCCCUCCGCCUUGGACCUGUUCUCUCUCAUCUCCAGGGGAGCCUCUGCCCCCAUGGCCACCAUGUGCCACCACUGUGUCACCUCCUGCCUUCAGCCCCUUUGUCCACUAGUCCUUCUAACCCUACAGGUCAAAUGCUGCUGUGAAUUCUUUUUUCUUUUUAAAAUGAUUUCAAAUAAACCAUGCACCUCU